AUGAGCCCCCAGCCCACCCCCUUUGAAGAAGGCGCCUUCCUGGCAGGCGGCCACAACACCGACCCUCCUCUCCCACCAAAUGACCCAACAAUUGGGACAAAACUAAACCACUCGAUGCUCCGCAUCCGAGACCCGCAACGCUCUCUCCACUUCUACAUCACCCUCAUGGGCAUGCGCACCGUCUUUACCAUGAACACCGGCCCCUUCACAAUGUACUACCUCGGCUUCCCGUCCAGCGCCGAAGACCGCGCCGACCUGUCCGCGUGGGCGGCGAAGGUUUCCGACCCGGCCAACCUCACUCAGACGCUGGGGUUACUGGAGCUGUUCCAUAUCCAUGGGACGGAGAAGCCCGUGGAGGAGGGCGGUGUGGAGAUGACGAACGGGAACGCGCCGCCCAAUCUGGGGUUCGGGCAUCUGGGAUUCACAGUUCCCGAUGUGAAGGCUACUAUCGAGAGGUUGAGGGCCCAGGGCGUCAAGGUUGUUAAGGAGUUGGGAGUUACGACUAGGGAGAGUAUUCCCUUGAGUGACUGGGAGGAAAAGAGGGGUGUGGGGGUUGGCGAGAUUCAUCCCAAUUAUAAGGUGUUUUUUGAUCAGAUUGCUUAUGUUGCUGAUCCGGAUGGGUAUAUUAUUGAGAUUCUUCCGCAGAAUUGGCAGUGA